CCACUACCUUAUGUACGUAGAUACUUUUGCAUUACGUAUUCUCGAACUGUUCAUAAGUGGUAGCGGAAAAUUUCCGUGUCCGAUUGCGCACGAACGAUGCAACUACAUUAGGAUUUGUAAAGUUAAUAUCUGUCACGAGACGCAAGUUUUUCGCGUCAAUGCGUGUAAAUAUUGUUGGAAUAUUUACAAAUCAUGUCGACUACCAUGACGGAUGUACAGCAACCCGAUUAUGGAAAGCAUCAGCAGAUGCAGAAAAUAGAAUUGACACCAGAGGAGGCAAAAGCUUGGCAGGCAUGUAUGAAAAGCUCUAGUGUCAUAAUGCCAGGACUUGUUGGUGCAGCCAUUGGAUAUGGAGUGCUUAGAAUAACCCCGUUUUGCGCUCAAGCAAAAUACGCAGCUAUAAUCGGCGGUGUGUUUGGUUUGAUAUCAGGCAGGAUGGCCAUUUCUCAGAUAUGCCUAGCGAAAGUUGCAUCUUUACCAAACAGUACUCUCAGGGAUAGAUUAAUAGAAGCUGGCUAUUAUGGAAAUAAUAAACCUAUGAGAGAAAGGGAGUAUUUCAACCAAAGCUUUCAACCAUUGGAUGUGCAAUCUGAAAUUCAGAGUUCAGAAGAGUCAUCUACAGAAGUACUCAACGAUUAUACGUCGGUGAACACACAUGAUGCAUAUUCUAGUUUUAACGAUAGCGGUGAUUUCCAUAUCUCUGAGGAUACGGAUCUAACUGAACCGGUAAAUUUGCAAAAAGGCAUUAGUUAUGAUGAGUUGAGGCACAAAAAUAGAAACGAAUUUUAUAAGAAAAACAAGCAAUGGUACACUCCUAGAACACCAGAAAGAUCUCCAUUAACGAAUGAGACAAACCAACAGAUUCCCACAACCAACAGCCCUCCACCAAUGCAGGAGAAAACUAAAUACGGUGAUGUGUGGGGUUAAAGUCAAAUUGUUAGAAUCUGUAAUUUUUUUCAUCACUGUGUAUUACAAAUACUGUAUAUGUAUAUAUGUAGAUUAUAUUUAAUUACGUGAAUUAUGUGAAUUAGGAAAAGAAAACAUUCAAAUCUUACUAAAAAUAUAUAAAUAAAAUAUGAAUCACGUUUGCAAUAACA